GAGGAACCAAAUAAUUUGGGCCAAAACCGUUAUUUUAAAACUUUACUUCUCUCUUGUGUCCUCACGAGUAAUAAAUUUGCUUUUUUUUUUGUUUAAAUAAUUUGUGACGAUCGGACGGUGAAAGAUCAACGAAACUUCAAACCUGAUAUGAAUAGUAAUCGUCGGAUCAACGUAUUCAAUAAGAGCCGUAGGAUCAAAUUGUCAGUGAAAUCUAACCGUCUAAUAUAAUCCAGAAAAAUUGAAAUUUCAAAACAUGUAUAAGAGAGGGAGGAGAGCAGAGUUAAACAAUAAGCUCUCGCGAAGAAGAAGAAGAAGAAAAACCCCAAAUUCUCUGUUUUUUUUUUUGAUUCCUCUGUGGUUACCAAAUCUCUCUUCUUCUUCUUCCUCCGAAGCUAAAACCUUUCAAAACCCUAAUUUCAUCUAUCUAUCUCUUUAAGUCUAGAUCAAAAAUUCGAAUUUCAAAAUCCAAUUUUUGAGUUUUAGCAGUCGCCGAUUCGGUUUCUGGGUUUUCGUAGAAACAGGAUUAAGGGUAGAUUCAGAUCUUAUAAAUUUUGUUGAUUUGUAUUUGGUGAUUAUAAAUUUUGGGUUUUUUUUUUUUUGAAAAAAUAGGGAAAAUUUCUGGGUUUCUUCUGAGAAAUUCGAAGUUUUUUUGAGAUGGGAGAAGGUGAAGAAGGGGAAAAAUUCCCGCCAAAAACGGAUGAGGUUACACUAGAGUCUAUGAAGUCGGCGAGGCAACUCGAUUUUACUGGUGUGGAGUAUUCACAGUCUAAUCAACCUCCGGUUGCAUCUUCUUCGACUGCUGCUGCAUCAAUCCCUUCGCCGGUUACGCGGCCAAUUACCAGUCAGGCACGACCGGUUACAGCGACGGUGGGGACUCCGAUUCCACCGCCGCCACAAUCUCAGGGCAUCCUUCACGUCCCAAUUAGACAUCCGCCUGUGGGGGAAGCUAGAGAUGGAACACCUCAGAAGAAGAAACAGUGUAACUGUAAACACUCACGGUGCUUGAAGCUGUAUUGUGAAUGCUUUGCAUCUGGCUCUUAUUGUGAUGGUUGCAACUGUGUAAAUUGUCACAACAACGUUGAAAAUGAGCCAGAGAGACGAGAAGCGAUUGGAUCAACUCUGGAACGGAAUCCGAAUGCGUUCAGGCCUAAGAUUGCUGCUAGUCCACACGGCGGACGAGAUAACAGGGAGGAGGUUGGUGAAGUUGUGUUGUUAGGGAGACACAACAAAGGCUGUCACUGCAAGAAAUCUGGAUGUCUUAAGAAGUAUUGUGAGUGUUUUCAAGCUAACAUUCUUUGUUCUGAGAACUGCAAAUGCUUGGAUUGCAAAAACUUUGAAGGAAGUGAAGUUAGACAAUCUCUCUUUCACGGUGAACAUUCCCACAACGUGGCUUAUCUUCAACACGCAAAUGCUGCCAUAACCGGAGCUAUUGGUUCCUCUGGCUUUGCAUCUGCUCCAGCUCCUAAGAGAAGGAAAGGUCAGGAGAUUUUUUUUAACCAAGGACCCAAAGAUUCAUCCACUCAUAGGCUUGGCCAGGCAAAUAGUGGAAGAACCACAUCUCCGAAAACUGGUUCUCAUGCUGGAGGCAAUGCGUCGUUACGCCCAUCCAAAGUUGUAUAUAGGUCUCUUUUGGCAGACAUAAUUAAACCGAAGGAUGUGAAAGCACUCUGUUCUGUUCUGGUAUCUGUAGCUGGGGAAGCUGCAAAGACAUUAACAGAAGAAAGGUUAGCAGAUCAGAAAGAAACUUCCGUAGCUUCUUCUGUGCAAGAUCAAGGACACAGCAAUAAUAAAGGUACCGAGGGUGAAAAAGCUGCGAGUGGAAAUCAAGCUGAGAAAUCUGGUCCAGAUGGCUCCAAAGGGAGGUCACUAUCUCCAGAAACUUUGGCAUUGAUGUGUGACGAACGGGACACAAUGUUAAUGGUUGCAGCUUCACCUAAUUGUUCGGUGGAGCCUCCCUCACAGCUACCAAAUGGGCAAGACCAGGUUUAUGCAGAACAAGAGAAAGUAGUAUUAACCAAGUUCCGUGACUGCCUUAACCGAAUUAUCUCCUGCGGAGAAGUAAAAGAAUCAAAUUGUCUGAUGUCAAGAAUGGAUCUAGAUACACCUGUACACACUGCUGUCAAAAUCGACCCAGUGGUUGAUCAAAGACCAGUUGCAAAUGGAGUUUCACAAACCGCAAAGCAACCUUCCCAGCUAACCACAACAACAAAAACAACAACAACAACAACAACAAUAACAACAACAACAACCACAACAACAACAACACCAAACACAUCCUCACAAACUCAUCUUCAUAAAACUCCAGCUUUGUCUGAGAAGAAAGACCUCUGAAUCAAUAUUUACUCGUUUAGGAAACAAUAACUUUACAGAAAUGCAGCUGCAUCCACCUCCCUGUGCCUGAUUUACGAGGUAAUGCCACCAACACUUCUUUUUCUUCCUCUUACAUAUUCUAAAACCGAGGAGAGGUUGCGGCUUCAUCGCAUUAGCAGGUGCUUAGAAAGUAUUACUAUAUAACUAUUCACACAAUUUUGAUUGUGUUAUUAGGCUUUCUUCUUCUUUUCUUUCCUCCAAAUUCUUCUCUUUGAUUCAUAAGAGAGCUGUUUCUUUACAAAUUGUUGUCAUUAUUUGUGUACAUUGUUACUUACCAUUGGCAAUCACAGUGAUGCUUACUGUGGAACAUACAUGCUA